CGUACACAUCUGGGCACAUUGAACAUUAGCGGACACCAGACGGGUGAUAAACUAAUUAACCAUUGACACCACAUAAUCCGUUGGAAAAUCCGAACCCAGGUGACUGAUUGGACCUCCUGCGCUGCUAGAAUCCCAGUUUGGACCCUGGUCAAGAUGGCCGAACUGGUGAGGGAUUGGCUGGCGGAUUACCAGCGAACGAGGGGGCAGCCAGCAGAGGCGGAGGCGUUUGCCGUGGAGCAUGAAACGGACCCUGAAAUCGCCGAGGCCAUCUUUACCAUUUUCAAUGAAAGGCAGCGGGGUAAUGAAGCGCUGCUUCAUGACAUUUGCCAGCAGUUACUGGCCUUCUAUCGUUCUCCAGAGCUGGCGCUACACAAAUUUCCCCUGCAGUUCAUCCCAGUGCUGGUAUACACUUACCUCCACGCAGUGGCUGGUGGUGACAAGAAAGCCGCCCGCGGUGUUGAAACGCUGCUCAUCUGCAUUUACAAUGGCGAGGUGUCUACCGACGACGGCGGCCAGCGGAUAGUGGCUUUCCGCAUGCCGAUCCUUGCUCAGGUGUCGGUCUACCACGAGCUGAAGAACCUGCCCAUGACUGAUUUACGCCGCUGGGAGGAGAACUGCAAUCGGGAGGUCAAGUGGGGUCCUCACCAACGCAUCGAGACGAUCCAUGCUCAGAAUCGAAUGCGCAUCCUUACGGCAUUGUUGUUUUGUUACAACCAGCAAGUAAGCCAGACACAGAAGUCCUCGCUGCUUCACCUCUGCCGGGUAACAUCACAGUUGGUGAACCAGGGAUUCACUACCAAGUCUGGGCAUGGCCAUAGGAUGAGUUAUGGGGCCGAUCCAGCCACAGGUGCUCCCUUUCCCAAGCCUUCCUCGCCACGCAUUCCACUGUCUGCCUCUUUUCUAAUCGAACUGGUGCACGCCAUCUACUUUGCAAUGUUCAAUGGUUAUGGAACGAUAGCCAUUCAGACGCUAGACGAUAUACACAACCGCGCUACCUAUGAGAUGUACACCGAAUUGAUUUUGGUAACCAGUGCGGUGCGCAACUCGCUCCACGCCAAUCCUUCCGGUCAACCCAAUGACGGGCCUAUGGGAUUGAGUGUGGCUCUGACUCCAGCCACUAAUACCGUGACCACAUCAGUUUCCAAGUCGAUGAUCACGAACGCCUCCUUCCGCACGAAAAAGCUGCCCGAUGACAUUCCCAUUCAGGUGCAGGACCUCACCAUGCAGCAGGCGCCACAACAGUUAGCUAGUGUAUCGGAGGAAGCAGAACCGGGUUCAAAGGAGUCACCAUCUACCAAGGAAAAGGAGAGCUCUGGUACGCGAACUUCUAUUAUGCGGCCUAGCAUGGAAGGCAUUAAGGCACAAGCGCACAAGGCGCUAAUUGCCGGAUUCAAAAAGUCCAAGGACAAGGAAAAAGAGAAGGAAAAGGAUAAGGAGCCGCCUAAGCCGCCACAGCGUAAAUUCGAUAAGCAUACGCAGCGCAACUCAUUGCUCCAGCUCCAGGCAGAGCCCAACGCAAAUCUUGCUAACUCCAGCAUCCAGGAGCAACCACCCACCGGCGAUGUUUUGCCGAUGCAGACCUUCUCGCUGAUUAACGAGAAUGGCGGAAGUAACAGCAAUAGCUUUAGCGUAGACAGCGACCUGAACGAUGGUGUUCUGGGGGGAAAUACUACCGGUAACCUGCCUCCGCUGAGCAGCACCACCAACUCUGUGACCAGCAGUGAUCUGCUCACCAAGAGCUUUGACUCUAGCAUUGAAUUGGCGCCGCUUGGUCACAGCAGCAGCAACGGUGGCAAGCUGGCCGAACAUAGUUUGGUGGAGUAGUGCAAUCAAUCGCCUUGUUCGUCGGGUGAUUAGCCAAAUCCAAGUAUCAAGUAUAUAUACGUUUACAACAAUUACAAGAUGGGUGGGUGGGUUUCCAGAAAGAAAAUCUAUGCCAAGCAACGUAAUCUAUCGUAUUUUCCAAGACAUCUUUCUCAAAAAUCAUCUAUUAAUUCGCACAUUUAAAAUUUUUUUAAAUACAUAUAUGCCAAAUAACUUUUCCACUUAUUCAUAUCAAUAGCAAACCUAAAACCUCCAUUGAUUUUGCGAUAUGAAUUUAAAGAAUAUUUAGGAUAAAUAGACUACAGGAGCUUUUUCAAAUAUUUUCCGUAACAUAACUAUGUAACUAUACAUUGAUAUUAGUGAUUAAGAUUACUAAGUAUGAUUACCAAAGAUUACUUGCAUCAGCAAAGAUUCCCUAUCAACCCAAAAGUUCACCCACCCUACUAUAUACACAUAUAUUCGCCACCUACCGCUGUGUAUUAACCGAACAUAAUCGGGGCGAGGAGAAAGAUUUGAAUUUAGCAAUUAAGGAUCGUUUGAAUUUGUUAAACUUGAUGGGUUCUCUUAGUUGUUCGCCUGUAUUAUUGUAUUCCAAUCCCAAUUGUUGGUUAGGCUAAGUGUUGCUAGGACGUCACAACAAUUACAAAUUAUAUAUACAAUACGUAUACACUCGGAACCGCUCGGUAGACAUCGUUUGCAUGCAAAUAAUUCGAUUGGGGCUAUUGUAUGUCCCAUUUUCGGUGAAAAUAAUGAACGUACAUGAAUCGCGAUGCAUUUCACUUGUUUUAAGUAAGCAGCAUGAUUGCUCACACAUUCGAUAUCUACUGUACAUUCAAACAGAGUUGGGUCCAGGCAAUGUAAAUGGAAUUUAGUUCUGUCACUUAUUAGCAUAUAUGUAUACAUGUGUAAACUAAUAUAUACAUACAAAUAUUUAUUGAACGUUGACUUGAACCAUGUUAUUGAUUUAAAAUAAAUACAACUAAAUACGUAA